UCGUUUUCAAAAUGUAUCAAUACGCAAAACGUUUAAAAUGCUUUAAAGACAUUAAUAUGCUUUAAAUGUGAAGUAAAACUGACUUUUACCGAAAUAACAAUAGUGCACACGUGUGACAUUUACUUUACUCUGUUAUAAGAAUGUUUUUGUGCACUAUUUGUUGAAAAAUAUCACUUCCGGUAAAACCAGUGGCAAUGAUGUAGUCUAGGUUGCUGAAACAAGUUACACCACACGAAAAGUAUUGUAACUGCAGUGCUAUUAAGGAUGAAUUAGAUUCAGAAGCUACUUAACGACUAGAUAUUCUUAGAUGCAUAGACGGAUGUACAUGUAGACAUAUAGAUAACGUGUAUUCGUAAAGUUCAGGUGGAGCUGUCAAAUGACAGGCGCUGCUUAUGUCAUGGUGGAAUAACAUGUUGCUCUAAAAAAGUCAACCUCAAAUAGAUUCUCUUUAAGUGGUUGAUAAUCGUGAACAACAUGUCUGCACAUACAGAACAACCUAGGCGGAGGAGUUCGGACAGGACGACACAAAACCUUUCUUUCAGUCUACCUACUCUAGCAAGAUACACAGGAGUACCAAAGAGAUAUGAGGAGACACGACCGGUGUUGAUUCAAGGCCAUGCCCAUAGAAGAAUACUGAAUAUUGGCCAUGAGCUGCACAGGCAGACCUUGGAUAUUGCUGAGCUGGAAAAGUUGAAAUCAAUUCGGGAUGCCGAGACCUCAGUGUGGGUAGAGGCAGAGCUAAUCAAGAAUGCUGCCCUUGCAAGGUCGAGGGAAGAGGCCGCCAUAGAACAGGAACGAGUCAUUGAGAAAUUCAACAAAGUUCAUCAGAAGGCCCUGAAGGAGGAAGCUCUGCGUGUGGAAAUGGCCAUGCAGAAGCUUGCCAUUGAACAGGUGAAGCAGGCACGCAUGGAGGGGGAGGAACGUCUAACCGUGGCUGUCCGAGCUGCUGAGGAGAAGGGGCGAGCUGAGCUGAAGAUUGCUGUCGAGGUCGCCAGGAAGGAAGAAAAGGAAAUGGCUGCCAGGGAGGUGGCACGCAUCAUUAGAAUCCACGAAGACAAGUUCAAAGCAGCUGCAGUAAAGGCCAAGGAAGAGAAGAGGAUGGCUCUGAUAGAAUUAGAGACGGCGAAGAACAGCGAACGAGUGAAGGCUGUCGCAGAAGUGGAGCAGCGUGAACGGAGCAUCACUGUAGAGAAAAUCAAACUACUCACCGCGGAAUUUCAACAGAAAAUAGUUAAACUAGGAAAGGAAAUACAGGAAAAACUUGCGGAAAUCAAAAAACGAGAGAAGCAAAUUCUUGAAGUUGAAGCAGAAAAGAAAAAGGUUGAAGCUGUACUGGCAGACACCCAGAGAGAUUUUCAGGACUUUAUCGAUCGUAUCCAACACUUCGAGGAUAAGUCAGGCCAGGCUGAUUAUAUGGUGCGACCUGUCUACUUAGAUGAAAUAACCAAAGUCAUGCCAUUGAAACCCUGUGUGUGAUUACCCCAGAUAUUAACAGAUAUGUGUGACUGUGUAUGUCCUUUUUCAGCUUCAAAUUAUUAAAGUCACUAAAGAAACGGUUAAUUGUAUAAGUUAUAACUGGGUUUGUUACAUGAUCAUGAAAUUUUUAAAUUCACAUUUUAAAUACUUUAGAAAAGCAUAUAAGAUAGAUCUUAAUAUGAAAUAUAAUAAUGGCUGAUUGCUUUCAAAAACCAGGUACAUGUAGUAGUUAUUGCAUAUAGAAGAUUUACAUACAUCAAAGAUGGUUAACAUUGAUUAUACAUAUACAGCGUUAUUAAAUAUAGAACAUGCAUUGAACGUAAUGGUGUAAAUGCUAGUUAAAAAAUUAGCUUUUGUUAUUUAUGCCUAUCAUUUGUUGAAAAUUGUUGAAGUUUAAACUGAUUUUGAGAUAAAUUCUGUGUUGUGUUAAAUAAUGACUCUUUUCACAGACUGUUGUUGGUAUGAUUUACUUUGUUAUAACUGUCACCAAAAUCCUGUUUAAUCAGUUAAUUUGUAAUGUUUUAAAAACUUUCUCUGCCAAAAAUAUGUUUUAAGUGUUUACACUUAAACACACUGUUAACAAAUACAAGCAAGACAGGACAGCCUUCUCCUGUGAUCAGCUUGCAUAGUUAAUUGUUAGGUGUGUUUGUGAUAUUUUAUGGGAUGUAACACAUGUCGCUAGAAUUGCUUUAUUAGAAAGUACACUCCUUGAUGAAUAGUGGAAAUAAACUGCAUAAUAGUUGUCUGCGUCAACAUAAAGGCAAGAUUAAGAAAACAUCAUAUCAAAAUACAUUGAUAUUUAGUAGUUUCAGCUUGUAGCUAGCUUGAUAUGUUAACAUCAUGUAGAUUACUAAAUAUUUGUUAUUAUUAUUUCUCAUUACCUAUUAUUGUACUUCUGUGUGAGAAUUACAGGAGUUAAGUUGUUGAUUUUAUUGUCAGUGGAAUGUUGAAUUGUUCUGGUGUCCACAGGUUUGUCAGUGAUGGUGGAGGGGUUUUAUUUUGGUGAUGGGAUAGUUUGGUUUGAGUACUAAGUGUCUUCCAAGGAUAGCUUCAUUUCUAUUACAAGAUCACAAGACCAGAUAGAGAUGGCCGAGGGCUCUACUGGUGUUUCCUGCCUUUUUUAUGUUCAGUUAGGGACCAAAGUGCUAUUUCCUGGAAUGUCUUUCUAUGUCGCACCAUGCGUUGUAUUUUAAUGACGUGUAAACCUCAGUGUUGACAGAUGGAGUAUGUUUACGCUACUCGAACACAUCUUUUGUAUUCUCCACAUACUUUUUUAAUCACAUACUUAUGUUACUGUAUUAAUUGUGUUUAUCAGCUAGUCGACAAUUCACUGGUUAACAUACAAUCCUAUAUUUUUAUUAACAUUUUUGUUGUUGUUUUCUCUAAUUUUAAACAGUAUUAACUAAAUGUGCCAGCCGGUCUCGUUGUAAAAAAAAUUGUAUUUGUGUAUACAAAUGUGUCAGAAGAGACCUAUUUCAGUCAUGCAAAGGACUAACAAUAUUCCCAUAAAGGAGGCUCCUAAACUAGAUAUGGCCUAGUUGAUAUAGAUAUCGCUAUGGGUUGUUGGUGUCCCCUUGAAGGAGGUGCCUAAACUAGAUAUGGCCUAGUUUAUAUAGAUAUGGCUAUGGGUUGUUAGUGUCCCCUUGAAGGAGGCUCCUAAACUAGAUAUGGCCUUGUUGAUAUAGAACUGGCUAUGGGUUGUUGGUGUUCCCUUAAAGGAGGCUCCUUAACUAGAUAUGUCCUAGUUGAUAUAUAUAUGGCUAUGGGUUGUUGGUGUUCCCUUAAAGGAGGUGCCUAAAUUAGAUAUUUGUUGUUCCAAUGAAGGAGGGAAGGGCUAAGUUACCAUAUGGUAAAGAGUUUGCCUGAUCAUCAUAUUCCCAUAAAGAAAGGAUUAAGUAUAUUUUUAUUUCUUUGAUGUUAACAAGUCAAGCUCAGAAUAAUGGUCAGAGCGAUUAAGUUACAUACCUAGCAUAAGUGUGUAUUGAUGUAGAAUUUCUAGUACCAGGUAUAGUAGUGCAUGUACUACCAGUUUUAUUUGAUUAAGUGAGGACGGUAGCAUCCCUAUCAUGGGACUUCAUGUUCAUGUUAUUUAUUGGCAUAGCAACCACAGGUUCUAGUGAGUGAGGCAGUGUAAAGAAAAACAUGUUUUGUCUUCAAUCUCACAAGUUAUGCUAUAUGCUUUUAUUCCUUAUAAAAUACUAAUGCCAUCUUACAUAUUUUGUUUUGUUGUUUUCAAUAACAAUUUCAAUGUACAAUUAGAAAUAAAAUUAACUGUUAAAUAAAGAUGGAGAAAAUGUACAUUAUGAGGCGAUCAGAAUUCAACAAAAAGGUUUAAAAUGUAUACAAAUGUAAAAGAAUUUGAUUAAAAACGUAUUGUUAUCUAGAUCUGAAUGCUUUAAACAUAGUGCUGUGCAAUAUCCUGCUGUAGUUUGUAGACACUAGGUUUUUAGUUGAUAUUUAGAUGUUAAUGUUAACAUACAUCUGUUGUACACUAUACUAGCUUUACCAGGUCUGUAUUAAUACCCCUUUGUGCCUUGUCCUGCGAGGACACUACUGCAAGUUCACAUUUAUUAAAGCUACAAUAUGACUAUAUAUAUAACUCAAGUAUUUAUAUCAGUAAUUCCAAAGAACCUAGAUCAAACUGUACUUAUUUACAUAGAGUAAGUACUCUGUUGUAAUUUAUACCAUGUAUUUAAAUGUUGGUUACAUUAUCUUAUACAUAUCAUUAACCUGUGUGUGAACUUUUAUGCUAUUUAUAAAUGGGCCGAGGAAUCUCAGUCAAUAGAUGAUCAGUCUGAUGUUUGUUAACGUUUGUUCAGCGUGUGGUGUGUUCACGGUCAUGCUCGGACAAUAUCUACCUGUUUCUAUUUUUGUACCUGGCUUUGAUAUUUACUCAUUAAAGCAACUUACUUUAUA